GGUAAAAUGGCCGAUGUAACCUUGUUGAUAAAGUGUGCCAACUUUGCCGCUAUUAAACACAAAAAUCAACGUCGAAAGAACUUUGAAAAGACGCCCUAUAUAAAUCAUCCUAUCGGUGUUGCAAAUAUUCUAUCUGAUGAAGCCGAUGUUGCUGAUAUAGAAGUGCUAGCUGCCGCCAUUUUACACGAUACGGUCGAAGAUACCGACACUACAUUUCAAGAGAUUGAGGACAGUUUUGGGGUUGUGAUUCGAAGAAUUGUGGAGGAAUGCUCAGAUGAUAAAUCUUUGCCAAAACAGGAACGGAAAAGGUUACAAAUAGAGCAUGCUCAUAUUUGUAGCCCAAAAGCCAAGCUUGUUAAAUUGGCCGAUAAAAUUUAUAAUUUGCGUGAUUUGAAUAAGGAAGUACCGGAGGGUUGGACGGAUGAAAGGGUCAGUGAAUAUUUUAAGUGGGCUGGCAAAGUGUUUCAAGGACUGAAAGGAACAAGCAAAAAACUUGAUACUUUAUACCUUGAUUUACUCAAAGAAAGGGGUGUUGAUCUUUUGUAACCCAGUCUGCGUAACCUUGUAGUAGUGUAACCCAGUCUUCACUGCCCUCUACCAUACAUACUGUAUCGUCUUUCAGCCACACCAGCACCAUAUCUUUGUAAAAUCUUUACCACAUUUUUUUCAUGAUUGGUCAAGUGUAUAUAAUAAACAUGGGGGUAAGGACUUAGACAUUUGGGGGCCCAGAAUUUUUUUACCAACAUACCGAAAUGACUAUAUUAGAAAUAACGUACAGAGGUAAUGCUCAAACAUGUACAAAUCAACUCAGUCAUGGAAGGAGAGGGUUAAGAGGCAACAUGUGUUCAUUCAAACUCAGUACGGUUUGUAAACGUUUUGGUUUGGGGACCCUCUAAUAUUGGGAAAAUGCCCCUACCCCCUCUUGCUACCCCCUGCUGUAAAAGGCAUCAAUUUAUACAAAUGUAAAAAUUGGAUGGUCUUAAGAUUUUACCUGCUGUUGUAACCCCUAUCUCCCCCUUCCUGUUCCAGUCAGAUUUUGCUCUAGAGCUGUGCCUCAAUUGAGCCAAAUCUUACUGUAAAAUAAACUUUCUCAGGGCACAAUGAGGGAACAUAGACUGGUUUUUAGUGUGAAGUUACUCCUGUUCUUUAAAAGUCAAAGAAGUGUAUUAUUAUUUAAAGUCAAAAUAAUUAAUAAAAACCUUGACAAUAUAACCAGCCAGAUGGGAGAUAUGCCAUAAUUGGAUUGUAAAACUGUAUUUUUUUUUCUUAUUCUUAACUUGUAAAUAAUUAACACUUGAUCAACUUGACUUUAAUUGUAAAUCACAAAGAUGUAGUUCAUCAUUUAUAUUAUAUUGCUA